AUGCCUCCCCUUGUGCCCUGGCGCCGCCCCUGCAGGCAGCGCGCGCUGCUGCUGGCGGCCUGCCGCGCGGUGCUCUACACGCCGCAGCACGAGCACUUUGGCAUCGUGCCGCUUGAGGCGAUGGCCUCGGGCCGCCCCGUUGUGGCCUGCAACAGCGGCGGGCCAGUCGAGAGCGUGCCCGACGGCCGCGGCGGCUUCCUCUGCGAGCCGGCCGCGGGGCCCUGGGCCGAUGCCCUCGAGUCGCUGCUGGACGCGCGCGGAGCCGCAAAGAUGGGCGCCGCGGCGCGCGCGCACGUGCAGGAGGCGUUCUCGCGCGCCGCGUUUGGGGAGCGGCUCGACCGGCACGUGCACGCGCUGGCAAACGCGCGCGGCACCCCGUGA